GUCCAGAACCGUGAAGAGUCGAUCCGCAAAAUGUCGUCAAAGAAGCCUGCCCAGCGCUCCGCCAUUGCGGACGUGGUUGCCCGCGAGUACACCAUCCACAUGCACAAGAGACUGCAUGGUGUCACUUUCAAGAAGAGGGCUCCCCGUGCCAUCAAGGAGAUCAAGUCUUUCGCCACCAAGGCCAUGGGCACCACCGACGUCCGGAUCGACCCCCAGCUCAACAAGAAGGUCUGGGAGCAGGGUGUCAAGGGUGUUGCUUACAGAAUCCGAGUACGAAUCUCCCGACGACGAAACGACGAGGAGGGCGCCAAGGAGAAGUUGUACAGCUACGUUCAGGCAGUCAAUGUUAAGAACCCCAAGGGCCUUGCGACCGAGGUCGUUGAGGAGUAAAGAAAAUUUGUUUCUCUUUGGGAAUGGUUCUGGGGUGGCAUGGCAUUACGGAGUUGCAACCGGCUCUUCUAGCUUUUCACGCUGAAAAUAAAAAGACGGCAAUGUGAUCAAAGGAUUUUUUUUUAUUCCACGGCAAAGCAAACACCCCUGCGACAACGAUUGCUGGCGGUAGAGUCCCUGACUUGCUAUGGAAGGGAGAGUGACGGAGAAGAGACCGCCUGGUGAGGCGAUGAUUGGUCAUGAUAUAUUCGACAAGGUUCAAUUAUCGGUUGUAACCUGUCAUGCGCUUGCGGAAGGGAUAAGGAAGCC